GCCGCCGACAACGUGCGUCGCAGUCCCGAAUCCGCCACCGAUUUGGGUUCAGAUCGAAAUCCGCAGUCGCCCCGUGCAUUAUAUGUUAGCAGGAGUUUCGUGCGUGAUUGCGAAAAGUGUCGCCUUUGGCGAGGAAAUAAGUAAAGUGCAUUGUGUGUGCGAACUGCAAGUGCAAUGCUAAUCUAAUCUCUGCGGCAGAGACGAUUUCGGUUUUAAGUGACCCAGAAAAGAUCUGGAACUGUGCGGGAAACUGGGUCAGAGUGCCAAAAAAAAAAGAGUCAAGCAAGUCAAAGCCAGAAAAUAGUGUGAGCAAAAAAGUGAAGAAAGAAAAUCCGAAUAGAAGCGGCAACAAAACGGCAUGAACUUGGAAAGCGAACGGGCCCACCUAUUAUAGUUGACCCCUCCUCAACUGGCCGCCACCAUGAAGGGCAUCUGCGGCGAGCAGCUCAACAAUUGCAUGCUCCUCGGCGACUGCGAGAACAGUGACAAUGGUCCUCCGGGAUUCCCCGCCGAGGGGGAGCCAGUGGAGGCCGAUGAGUCCGGCGGCGGAGGUAGAGGUGGAACAUUGACCUUUGCCGCUCGCCGCGUUCGAAAUCGACAGGUGCACAGCAUGGCCGUGAGAUCGGGCAGUGCCUAUGAUACCCUGGAACGACCCUAUCGCCACAACAAACUACGGGGUAAAUGGGCCAAGUCGGCGGACUUUUACUUUGCCAGCUGCACUCACGCCUUCAGUUCGCUGGUCUUCUCGGAUCUGGGGACCUUUGGAUUACUCCAUGGCGGAUGGUUAUUCUUCAUCAUCUCCUACCUGAUGGGCAUGAUCUUUUACUCCCUGCCCAUAUUUCUGAUCCAAGCGUUUUUGGGUCAGUUCUCGUCUUCCGGUUCCAUCUCAGCAUUUCGUGUGGCGCCCAUUUUUAAAGGCAUCGGCUAUGCCAUACUCCUCCUCAAUCUGGGCACUCUCACAUAUUAUAGCAUCGGAGCUGUGGUGCCCCUUAUCUAUACCGUUAACUCACUGCAUGCAACAAUACCCUGGAUGAGUUGCAAUAAUACAUGGAACUCGGAGAAUUGUUCCCGCCAUGAGGAUUACGAUGUCGAUGAUAUACGGGUAGAUCCUCACUCCACAGUGGAGUUCUUUCGAUCAAACAUUGCCUCGACGGGAGAAGGUUCGGAAGCCAUGACCAUAUCCUGGUCCAUGCUAGUUGGAGUUUUGGCCAUUUGGCUUGUGGUCCUGGCCCUCCUGCUUAAGCCAGUGGCUUUUAUUGGCAAGACGAUGCGAUGUGCCUGUGUACUGAUGUUUGCCUUCUUUGUGGCCGUGUUCUUCUAUUCCGCUAUUCAUGAACGCAUUGAUCUUGAUACUUUGAAUUAUUACUGGAUGCCCCAACUAGAUAGCUUCAAUAGCCUGUUUGCCACGAGCCGUUGUGCCUUCCUGAUGGCCGGAGUAGCCCUGGGUCCUGGGUGGGGCAGUGUCGUCACCUUGGCCAGCUACAACAGUUUCCGGAGCGAUGCCGAGAGGCUGAGUGUUUGGGUGUGCCUGACGCAUGUCACCAUCGGGUUGAUGGGACUCCUCUGCUGCAAUGUGGCGCAUGAUCACUUUGAAGAUCAUGUGGGCAUGAUUCCCUUGCAUGUGGAUGAGAAACAUCAUAUGCAGUUUCUAUAUCUCUGCUUCUCCUAUUUCUUUGGCCGAUUCAGCACAACACCAAAUCUCUGGGCCUUUCUAUUCUUUGGCAUGAUUUUUCUCUCGGAACUCUGUGCCUUGGUCAUCCAAAUGAUGUCAGUAGUGACUGCCUUAUUCGACGAGUUCGAAGCCCUGCGUUCGAAAAGAAUUCUUGUGAUUGGCUCUCUGGUCUUUCUCCUGUCAGCCUCGUCUGUGUAUUUUUGCACUCAGUUGGGCUUCAGCCAGCUAACUCAGCUGCCCAGCCUGGCCAUGUUCACUCAGUUGUUCAUUUCGGGAGUACUUCUCAUGAUGACCACCUGGGUAUAUGGCCGCGUCCGUUUCCAGUGCGAUUUGCAGUUUAUGCUCGGCAAAACGAUCUCAAGCUUUAAAAUAUUCUUUAUACGCUUCGCCACGCCCAUUUUUCUGGGACUGUGUCUGUUCCAACUUAGCAUCUUGUUUUGGCGCGACCAAAUCCACAAUGUCCUCAUUUGGGUUAGUCAGGGCCUGGUCCUCCUGACGGCCAUCUCCUACAUGGUCUACAAGGUGACCCAAACGAAUGGACCUGGCCGGCAGCGAUUGCAACAGUGCCUGGCCCCACACGAUUGGCAUCCCGUGGAUGCGGAUAAUCGACGGUUCUACGAGGAGAUAAUGGGCAUAUCCGAGAUGCUGGUGAUCGAUGCCAAUGCCAAUGCCACUUAGUGCCUAAAAUACCGAAUAAUACUCUCUUAGAAUCAAAAAGCGCAACACUUAAUAGGGCUAAUGAACUGAACUGAACUGAAAAACUCACUUUUACUAUACACCCAUGCACACACAUGGUCACACUGAACAUCCGCACUAACACACUCGGUCACACUAACACACUAGAAUAUACGGAUAUCUAUACGGAUGCCGAUCAGGUGCAAUUGCUGAUCGUUGAUCGUUUUUUGAAUUGAGAAGUUGUACUGAUAUUUUCCAAAUGCUAGCUAUAGUGAACAAUAAACUGGUGAUAUUUGGUAGUAGUUGCCAACUAAAGAGUUCAACAAGCUUCGGCCAAAAAAAAUAUAUAUAUAUUGUUACGAAUCAAUAAAGUUUUACCUUUUUAGCCAUGU